AUGACCACCAUCCUCAUGUCACCCCAUCGCGGUUCCCCACUCCACCCCAUUGCGGUUCCCCAUUCCACCCCAUUGCGGUUCCCCAUUCCACCCCAUCGCGGUUCCCAGGAAGAGGACGACGCUGGCGGGUACCAGGAUGACGAUAUCCGGAGCGAAGAGGAUCUGGCCUGGGCAGCUGAAGACCAGAUCUCGGCAGAGAUCGAAGGAGCUCCACUGGACCUUCGCCCGGCGUUCCUCAAUGCAUUCAGCCAGGAAGAGCUGGCUAGCCUGGCCGAAAUCAUCAAGGAGGUGGGAAAACCAGCGUCCACGAUCACCUACGCGGACGUGCGAAAAGAAUUCAGCGAGCCUCUUGGGAGGCAGCAAAUUCUUUGUGCGGCGACAGGAAUCGCCUUCCACACCGAGAUCAAUCGCGGCAGCUUCCCGCAAGACCUUCACAGAAUUUCACAAAAGCUGCAGCGUGAAGGUGGCAAGGAUGUUCUGUCGCUGAUCGGACUAACAAUCAGGGUGGAAAGAGAGAUAUUCUAA